AUGAAACCUUAUUUGUUUACUACCCUUUCAAUCGCAAUUGCUAGUGUUUUUCUAGAAGCUUUUGGCGUGACAGCUGAGACUGUAAAGAUCCAGCACCCUAAAUUCAUUAAUGGUACUUCCAAUGCUGUCCCUGGUCAAUACAUUAUUCGUUUUGACUCCAAAAAAUUUGGCGGCCUUAAACUCAAGGUCAAACAAGAAAUCAAACAUGAUUUCUUUAAUGCUAUCUCUGUUGACAUUAGUCAUGCAAACAAAGAUAUGCAUGAAACAGCGCUCAAGAGCAUUUUAGAAAGAUCUGAUGUCAAGGCUGUUUAUCCUAUCAAACAAUUCUCUCAGGCUAAAGUAUUCAGAUCCGAAAAUGCUAAUAAGAAAAGAGAUAGCGUACCUUCUUUUUUGCCUCAUGCUAUGACCCAAGUGGAUAUUGUUCAUUCCAAGCUUAAGAAUAAAGGUAAAGGCAUUUUUGUUGGUGUUAUUGAUUCAGGCAUUGAUUACUUACAUCCUGCUUUGGGCGGUGGUUUUGGUAAAGGCUACAAGGUUGCUGCAGGCUACGAUUUAGUCGGUGAUGACUACUCUGGUACUAAUACGCCUGUUCCUGAUGAUGAUCCUAUGGAUAGUUGCUCUACUUUGGGUCAUGGUACACAUGUUUCCGGUAUUAUUGCUGGUUAUGAUACAUCUAAUAAUUUCACUGGUGUUGCUCCUGAAGCCACACUUGGUAUGUGGCGUGUAUUUGGCUGUGGUGGAGGCUCUGUCGGAACCGACAUUCUGAUCAAAGCUAUGCUAAUGGCUUAUGAUGCAGGUGUUGAUGUCAUUAACUUGAGUAUUUAUUCAGUAAAUGCUUGGUCUAAUGUUGAUGAUCCUGAAAUUAAUGUUGUUAAUCAAAUUGCUUCUAAGGGAGUGAGUGUCGUUGCUUGUAGUGGUGAUGCUGGUGAUAGUGGUAUUUACACUGUUGGUAGGCCUUCUGUUGCUCCCGGAGCCUUCUCUGUUGCCUCCAUCCAGAACGAAUAUUUCAGCACUAAAUAUAUUACUGCCACUGGGAUUGACCAUAAUAUGAGAUAUCUUCAAGGCGGAGACAACACGCCUAAAGAUGGCGAACUUGCUGCUGGCGAUAUUGAUGCCUCUAGUAAUAUUCAAGCAUGCGAUCUGGAUCAUAUCCCUUCUGAUGUCCAAGGCAAGAUUGCUUUGAUUAAAUUCGGUGCUUGUAAGCUUCAUUUGAAAGUCUCUAAUGUAGCUUCCAAGGGUGCAGUUUCUGUUAUCGUUUAUAACAAUGUGCCUGGUGACUUGCGCACAACCACUUCUGGUCUGGAUCUUCCUGUUGUCACAGUCAGCCAAGAAAGUGGUGUAGAACUCCGUGCAGCUCUUGAUGCUGGUAAGAAAGUUUAUAUUGGCUUUCAUCCUGAAGGCCAACCUACUCCUGUGGAAGACGGUAGAACAGUCAAUAGUUUCUCGUCUGUUGGUCCUACUGCUGAGCUUGACCUUAAUCCUCAUAUCGCUGCUGUGGGUGGCCGUGUUUAUUCUACUCUACCUCGAAGACUUGGUAGCUGGGGCAUAAUGUCAGGCGGUUCCAUGGCAUCACCUUAUGUUGCUGGUUCCAUUGCCUUAUAUCUUCAUGCUCAUGGAAAGAACAGAAAAUCCAUCAAAUACAUUCAAGAGCAAUUCCAAAAUUAUGCUUCCCCUGUUUCUUUAUACAACAAGUCCACGAUUGAUUCUCCUGUUCGUCAAGGUGCUGGUCUUCUUCAAGUUUAUGACACACUCACUCAACAUAUACAUGUCUCUCCUGCUCAAAUCAGCUUCAACGACACUGCCAGUACCAAGUACAGAACUCAGACAAUCACUGUCACAAACAGUGGAGACAAAACUGUUCAAUUUGAAGUCUUGAAUGAUGUGAGUACUGGUGUUGUGAGCUAUAAUGUGGAUGAAAGUGGUUAUAUGCCUAUUGAACCUGCUGGUGACAGCCGUAUUUCUGCUAAAUUGCGUUUCUCUACAAAGAACUUUAAGAUUGCCCCUGGUGCAUCUCAAAAGAUAACCAUCACUGUAACACCUCCCACUGAAAAUGCCAAGAAUUACAUUAUUUAUGGCGGUUUUGUUCGCUUGAAAUCUUUACAACAAGGCAACAAUGUUGACCUCAAGAUUCCUUACAUUGGUGUUAAUAACAAGCUUAGUAGUCUUCCCAUUUUAGGCGAAGGAUCUCCUUUUAUUGUAAAUCAAGAUUCUCAGAACUUCGGCUUAAACUACAACUAUACUGUCAAUCGUUCCAACGAUGAUUAUCUCACUAUUUAUAUGCAAGUAGUCACUCCAAGUGCUCAUAUCAAGGGUGAGGUAUUGAAGAACAACAAAAUGAUCGGUAAAUUUGGAGAAGACCUUGAUUACAUCUCACGCAAUGCUCUCACAACAAAUCAAUACACAACCUGGAAGUUCAGUGGCAAUUAUAUUCCUUCUGGUUCAACUAAUGGUUCUUUUACUCCUUUACCUGAAGGAACCUAUCAAUUCCGUAUCCGUGCCUUGAAGCGAUUCUCUAAUCCUGCUGUUCAAUCUAACUGGUACAACUGGCUUUCUGGCCCCAUCACUGUAGAAAACUAAGUUCUUUUAUAAUAUAACAUUCCUUACAAUAACUGCAAAGAAUUACAUAAUAUCAGGGAUUCGGAUUAUCUGAAAGUGGAGUCAAUGAUAAUCAUUUUAUUGGUUUAUAAUUGACAUGUGAAAAAGAGACUAUUUUUAAAUUCCCCGAUGGAGUUGAAACACUGUAUAGUGUAACUGAUGAUAUUCAAGAUAAUGAUGGCAUAUUUUUGUCAUUCUUUUUAAAAGUACAUCAAGAUAUUUGGCACAAUGUCA